GAAACUCUGGAGUUACUACUCCACGGGUUAUAAGCGUGGUACCCGUGUUAUGCGCAACCUCAAGAAAAAAGAAACGCUGGAGUUACUACUCCACUAUGUAUCGAAAUUGAAAUUGAUCUAUGUAUUACUCCAGUAGUUUUUAUCCUGGAAAAAAAAAAUCCACCGUUUUCUUUUCAAAUGCUAGUUGAAGGAGCCCUUCCCGCCAUUCCAACAACCUUCGGAGCACUCCAACACACCCUCUCCUCUCUCUUGCUCAACUGCAACACCAUCAAAAGCCUCACCCAAAUCCACGCCCAGAUAAUCACCAACGGCCUUUCCCACAAAAACUCCAUUCUCGUCAAACUAUUCCACCCGUACAUAACGUCAGGUUCCCUCUCAAACGCCCAAAGAGUCUUCGAACAGAUUGAGUACCCAAGUCCUAAUCUUUGGAAUCAAAUCGUAAGGGGCCACGCUCGGAGCAAAACGCCGCGUAAAUCGGUUGAGAUGUAUAACCUAAUGGAAGCGGCACAAGCUGUGCCUGACGGGUUUACCUAUUCGUUUGUUAUUAGUGGUUGUGCGAGGGGUGGGUUGGUUAGAGAGGGGGAACAGAUGCACGGGAAAGUAAUCUCAAAUGGGUUUUGCUCGAAUGUGUUUGUUCAGACGAAUUUGGUCAAUUUGUAUGCAGCGGGUGGGGUUGGGAGCGCAUGCCGCUGGGUGUUUGAUGAAAUGUCUGAGAGGAAUGUCGCAACUUGGAAUUCGUUGAUCGCGGGUUAUGUAAGAAACAAGGAGAUUGAUAGGGCGCGUGGGGUCUUCGAUGAGAUGCCGGAGAGGAAUGUUAUCUCGUGGACCACGAUGGUUGCGGGUUGUGCGCAGAAUGGAAGGUGUAAGCAAGCUUUGGUUUUGUUUCGCGAGAUGAAGAGAGCUAAUGUGGAAUUGGACCAGGUGGCAUUGGUUGCAGCUCUAUCAGCCUGUGCUGAAUUGGGUGACCUGAAAUUGGGAAGGUGGAUCCACUCGUGCGUUUUUCAUUUUAGAAACCAAGCAGUGCUGGUGUCAUUGAAUAAUGCACUCAUACACAUGUAUGCCAGCUGCGGCGUGGUUGAGGAAGCUUAUAAAGUACUCCUUGAGAUGCCGCGGAGAACAUGUAUUACUUGGACUAGUAUGAUCAUGGCUUUUGCAAAACAAGGACGGGGAGAAGAAGCCCUCCGUGUCUUCCACUGGAUGCAAUGCGCUCCAGCCAGUGAAGCAAGACCCGAUGAGAUAACCUUCAUAGGGGUCUUGUGCGCUUGUUGCCAUGCUGGUUUAGUUGACAAGGGACGGAAUUUUUUCCAGUGUAUGAAUCAAGUUUGGGGGAUUGAACCAAGGAUUGAGCAUUAUGGUUGCAUAGUUGAUCUAUUAAGUCGUGCUGGAUUUUUAGAUGAAGCGUAUGGGCUUGUUCAGACGAUGCCCAUCAAGCCAAACGAUGCCAUUUGGGGGGCCAUUCUUGGUGGUUGUAGAAUUCACAAGAAUGUGGAACUUGCUUCGCGUGUUGCCAAGAAUUUGGUUUUGGAACUUGACCCUGAGCGAGCUGCUGGAUAUCUCAUGCUUUUGUCAAAUGUAUAUGCUACUAGUAAUAGGUGGCAGGAUGUUUCGAUUGUGAGACAGAAGAUGGUUGAAAUGCAUACGAAAAAACCACCAGGCAGAAGUUGGGUCCAAAUACAUGGGGUUAUUCGUGACUUUGUGGCAGAUGACAGGGACCACAUUCAUGAAUAUUCUAUAUAUGAGGUGCUUGUAGAUAUCUCUGCACAAGCUAAAUCAGAAGGGUUUGAGCCUGACAAUUUAGAGGUACUUCUGGACAUUUAGGACUUAGAGCAGUUGAUUGAAGUUGGUUUUUGCUUAUGGCUUCAUCUCAAUCCUGGCGUCGAGACUAAAAUUCAUCUAGUGAGGAUUUCUUUACUAGACCUCGUCCAAUGUGAAAUUUUACGCAGUGGGUCUUCACGUAUGCAUAUCAGGGGUUUGAGUCGUCACUGUUCUGAAAGGAGAGCCAAUUGCUCCCAGUGAACAUGCUAAAGUUGGGUGGAAAUCAUUAUUUGGAAGGUGGAAAUUGGGGAAGGUUCUGCUAUCUCUUUGUGCAGCCCAACAAUUCCUCCCCCAAAGACCAAAGUCCUAACUUAUUCGUUCGUAAUUUCAAAUUUCAUGAUUGGCCUGAUAAACCCGCUCAAUGGACAGAAAUGUGGUCACGGAUCAAGCAUACGAUAUGGGUAGAUUUGUACAUUAAGAAGACAGUGUGCUUUCUUUAUAUUUUGGCAAGACCAAGAGGUUGGUCUGGUCUGGUAGAUGAGGCGCUCUCCUUAAUACCCAUGCUUAAUGCAUUUUGACUUUCGAGUCUUACUGCAGCUCCUCAAUAGCAAAAAAAAAGGCAAAGUUGCUCGUAUUUUGAUAUCCUAACACCCCUUGGUGUUUGAGAUGAGUUUGCAAUCUUUACUCAUUCAACGAGAAAUCAUUUGCUUGAUGAUAUCAAUGUGGUAGCAAAGGUGCAGCAGAGUUAUUCAAGCACAAGCAAGGAAUAAUACCAAGAGUAAGUGACUCAAUUUACUUCCUGGCUUGGUUUUGGUGUUUGAAAUGGCUUCAUGGUUGGAAUUGGAAUAUACAGUUAGGCAACAGAUGUGCAGGUUAAUCUAUGAACUCAAAAAUUGUCGUUUUGGUUUGCUUUGCUGUUUUUAUAGUAGUAGUAUUUAACUCUUUAAAAUGUCAAUUUUUUUUUAUUGGUUUUGUUCCCACGGCAGUAAUGAAUUUCAUGGUUAGGAAGUCUGCAUUAUUUGUC